AAAAACACACAACAAACAAAAUACAACGUAUUAUAUUAAUUAUUUUUUUGUUAACAAUUGUAUGUUAAAUCACAAUUGUUUUUGCUUCAUUUAUAUUGAGUGUAGUGUUUUUCUUAAAAAGAAGUCUAAAUGGUCAAAAUGACACCACAGGAUGAGGGGAAGAUAAGACAAGGAUUAAUAAAGUAUCAAAAUCCAGAUAUAACAAAGGCUCAAGUAUUGAAUGUUCUAUCGACAUACAAAGGUUUACAAUAUGAAAUAGAACCAUUUGUAUUUGUGGAUGGAACUCAAAAGGAAUUAUUCAAUUUACAAGGAACAAUACCUGUUACAUAUAAAGGAAAUCGUUAUAAUAUUCCAAUAUGUAUAUGGUUAAUGGAUACGCAUCCAAACAAUGCACCAAUAUGUUACGUUAAACCAACAUCAGAUAUGUCGAUUAAAGUAAGCAUGUAUGUUGAUCAUAAUGGCCAAAUUUAUUUACCAUAUCUGCACGAUUGGUUACCACAUACUUCUGAUUUACUUGGUUUAAUACAAGUAAUGGUUGUAACGUUUGGAGAACAUCCACCUGUAUACGCUAACUCGCGCAGUGAAACACCAAUGAAUACAGCAUAUCCCAUACAACCAUUCAUGCCAGUACCUGGACCUACCAUGCCAGGAGGUGGAUUUAUGCCAUAUCCACCAAAUUCGCAAUAUAAUACUGGAAAUAAUAUUUAUCCUCCUUAUCCACCAGCCACAACAUCAAAUAUUCCAUAUCCAGGUUAUAGAAUGUAUCAAGGUGGUGGUUUAAAUUAUCCAGGACAAGGAGGACAUGGCGGUUCUUAUCCAUAUCCACCUGCUACACAGCCAUCACCCACGGUGCCAGGUAGUUCUGGUGGAAGUUCUGGUACGAUCACCGAAGAACAUAUUAGAGCAUCCUUAGUAUCUGCUGUAGAAGAUAAAUUACGUCGUAGAUUGAGAGAACAAUUUUCUCAAUUGCAAGCAGAACUUGAAACGUUGCGUCGUACUCAGCAAGAACUUAAUAGCGGUGCUGCUUAUCUUUCAGAAUUAUUUGAAAAAUUAAAUAAGGAAAGUGCUGAACUUGAGAAGAAUACAAUUAUUUUACAAGACAAAGAGGCAGAAUUGGAAAAAGAAAUAGCUAAACUAUCCGACAAUCAGUCAAUAGAUGUAGAUGAGGCUGUUACGACGAUUACACCAUUAUAUAAACAGAUGUUAAAUGCAUUUGCCGAAGAAGCUGCGACAGAGGAUGCAAUAUAUUAUCUUGCCGAAGGAUUACGUUCCAGUACUAUAGAUUUGGAUGCUUUCCUUAAACAAGUGCGACAACUUUCACGUAGACAAUUUAUGCUUAGGGCACUUAUGCAACGAUGUCGUCAAAAAGCUGGAUUGGCAGGUUGAACUAUUAUAUAAAUGGAUAAUAUUAUAAAAUUUUCUAUUAUAAUAACGUAUUUGUAACAAAGUAUAUAAUUCUCACAUUGUGCAAACAUAUGGAUAAAACAAAGUUAAAAGUGCAUUGGUAUAUGAUGCUGAUCGGAGUUGUGCAGUAAACAAAUGAAUUAUGUUGUAAAGUCCUAUGAUAUAGAGUUUGUCGAUAUGUAUAAUAUUACUACGAACAAAAUACAUUUUUACAAAUA